UAUUAAUUAAAAUGGAAUAUACUAGAUUGGGAAACACAGGUUUAUUGAUUUCAAGAAUAUCUUUUGGAAAUAUGGUGAAUUUUGCACCUGAAGACGAAGAAGUCAAUACAGAAAUUAUCAAAACUUGCUAUGAAGCUGGUGUUAAUUUCUUUGACACUGCAGAAUUGUAUUCUAAAUUCCUAAAAUUUUUAGAUAUGAAAAUGGAAAGGCAGAAGAAUAACUUGGUAGAUCUAUAAAAAAACUUAACAUUCCAAGAGAAAGGAUUAUUGUAUCCGUUAAGAUCCUUGCUAAUCUUGAAUAAGGUGGAAAUCCAAUUAAUCGUUCUUUUACAUUGAAUCGUAAACACGUUAUUGAAGGAGUCAAUGCAUCUCUUAAAAGACUUUAAUUAGACUAUGCCGACAUUGCCUAUGCCCAUUUUCUAGAUCAAGAUAUAUAGGUGGAUGAGAUAUGUAGAGGAUUCAAUCAAGUGAUUGAGGAUGGAAAAGCCUUCUAUUGGGGAACUUCUAAUUGGAAGCCAUCUAAAGUUUAAGAAGCUUUUAACUAUUGUGAUAAGCAUGGCCUAAUCAGACCUGUAGUUGAACAGUGCAUAUAUAACAUGGUCAUUCGAAACUUAGUGGAAAAGGAUUAUGCUGAUGUUUUUACACAAGGAUAUGGAUCAACUAUAUACAGUCCAUUGUAAGGAGGGUUGUUGACAGGUAAAUACAACAACAACCAAAUUCCAGAAGACAGCAGAGCAGGUAAAGAUAAUGGAUGGUUAACUAAAGACAGCGCUCAUGCAGUAUUUUUUGCAAAAUUUUGUAAUUUGAUGUUGUUAUAUUUAAGUGGGAAAUGAAGAUGCUAUUACAAAACUCAAAAAGUUAGGAGAAUUCGCUUAGUCUCUUGGUUACACUCAAACAUAGUUGUCAAUAGCUUGGGUUUUAUAUAACAAAGAUGUAUCUUCAGCUAUAAUUGGUGCCAAGAAUGUUUAACAAGUGAAGGAUUCUUUGAAAGCCCUUGAAUUAUAUAAAAAGUGGGAUAAAGAAUUAGAGUAAAAAGUUGAAGCAAUCCUAUAGAACAAGCCAUAACAAGAUUAUAAUUGGUAAACUGGAAAGCCUUUCCCCGAUAGGAGAUGAGUUAUAAAUAUUAAAAUAAUG